CGUCGCUGUCAUCGACGAAACUGUCGUCAUCUUCGUUUUGGCUGCGACGACGGCGGCGUUUAGUGCAUGAAAAAGAAUAUUCUGUCAUUUGAGUGUUCAGUUCGAGACAGGUUUGCAAUUUAACAGCACUGACUGAAACGGUACACAGUGAAUAGCGCGUGUCACAAAACACCAAAUAGUCAAAUAGUUAGUUAAUAUAUAUAUGUGUGCAUAUAUAUUUGAAUAAUAAAUAAUAUAUAUUAUAUUUGAAACAAAAAUAUUGGCCAAGAAAACGCGCGCGUGUGUGUGAGUGUGAAAUAAUUUUGUUAGCAACGGCGGCGGCCAAGGCAGCAAAGUGAAAUAUACGAAUAGCUCUGAGGCAGACAAGCAGAAAGCAGGCGCCUAUACUAUAUACGCCUCAAGAGCUGAAAAUAUUUAUUAAAAACAAAUUUAUAAAAAAAAGAGCAAUUUAAAACAAAAAAAUAUAAGUAAAAAUAUUUUGAAGUAAAAAAUUUAAUUUUUUAAUAUAAAUAAUGCAUAAAUACCCCCAUAUAAAUAGUGUAGCGAAAAUGCCAUAAAUAAAUCUCCAUGUCUACUAGAGUAUGCCUUCGAGUGAGUCAGUGAAGCGACCGACAACAUAAAAGCAAAUCGAAGAAGAAAGUGAAAAAUGAAUUGUGCAGAAAGCCGUGUGUGAGCAAUGAAGCGGUGGACAUUGAAAAACGUGAGCAUGUGCUAAAGGAUAUCCUUCAAAACAACGACGAAAAGUGUAAAAUAGUUAUUAUCCGAAAAAGGUGGAGACCAACAAGCACGUCAAGUAGACAUUUUAUGACAAGAAGGAAAGCAAUAAAAUAGGAAAUAAAUACGAUAUAUAAUACGCACACAUGUGCAUGUAAAUAUGUAUUUAUAUAACGGCAUAUAAGCCAUGUUUCAUUUUAUACCAUAUACCAUGUGAGUGGUCAGUGUAUAUAUAUGUGUAUAUGUAAGCAGCGUACAAACGACCAGCUGUCAAAGCGCAUUUUUCAACUCAACUCAACGCAACGCAACUGAACUCAUUGAAAUUGUUUAUUUUUUUAUGUUAAACGCGGCUGUUGUUGUCAAGUGUCCUUUAAACGUAAGGACAUAACAACAGCAACGACGUCAGUGCGACAGCGCGCGCUUACUCGCUCAUUCGUGAUUGCUUGCGCAUGUGUUUGUGUGUGCGCGGCUUAUCGUCUGUAGUCACGCGUGCGUGUAGCGUAUACAUUGCUGCAGGCAAAUUAAGUCAACUAGCAAUACAACUGCAUAAAUAGUGUAACACCAGCAACAAUAACAACAAUAUUUAAUUUUUUUUUAUAAUAAUAUGCAGCAGUAGGCAAGGGGGCCUGAAGUGGGGUAAACAGUGUUGCCGCUGCAGGACAUUAAGCCCUUUGCUGGCGCAGCUCUAGUGUCCAACUAGCCUCGCUCGCUCGCACGGCACGACACAGUGUGGCCUUAACAGCAGCUUCAGCAGCGGUGACUCAAACGCAAGCUUUGCGUGUGUGUAUGUGUGCCUGUGUUGGCUUCGAAAUUAGCUUGCAACGCUGGCAUUAUACAAGCGCGUGUCAACUGCCAAUACAACGUAACUGCUAACUGUAAAUUCAAGGCGGCAGCUGUUGGAAUUCGUGGAGGCAAGCAACAGUGCAAGACAACAACAAUUGCUGUUAAACCAUACUUAAACGGCGCACAAAAACCAUAAUACACAUGUCUGCAGCAGCGUAUCCUUAAAGCCAAUUUAAAUUGCGUGACCUGACCGGGCUGUGCGGCCAUUUCGAUGCCAUAACAUGGGCUAUUCCUCUGAGGCUGCCAAAUUGAGGACACAACGCAGCAACAAGACCAACAAACCGCAAAGCAAUAAAAGUAGCCCAAUCCGUGAUACCGAAAACAACAACAGCAAGAACAACUGUUGUGACAACAACUCGUAUAAAAGUAACGACAGUAGCAAUUCGCGUUUAUUGAGUUCAGAGGUGAUCUGUCAAAGCCACGCCGUUAGCGACGAGCAGGCGACAAGCACAAAAGGGACUAAGUGCCGACGACAGGCAAACAACACAACGAGAGAUAUAGCAAUCAAAAAGACACAAAAGCGACACACGGCGGUAAGGGAAGACGAGGCAGAAGGAAGCGGCGUCGAAGCGGAAGAGACUGAAAAGCAGAUACAAAUUGAGCGCAGCCACUGCGAGGGCGUUGAGGCGGAAGCGGUUGCGGUCGGCCCUGAAGAAAGGCAGUGUACAGACGGCGCGCGUUGUAAAUUGAGUGCGACUUUUGUAGAUAAUUGCACAGCAGCGAUAGACGCCAACAAUAACAACAAAGGAAACAACAGUGAUACAGACGGCAACGCGAGCAACACUUGUACAAACUUUCAGCGCGCGAAGGACGGAAAUAAUAAUUGUUGCUACCGACAGCUAUCGCGCGAACAACUGCCACAGACGCGUGUCGCACUGCCGCCACAGGCGGAAGCCGCCGCGCAACAGCAGCCAACACAAACGCAAGCGCCGGACGAAAAUGAGUUGUGGCGCAACGCAAGCGCUAGUUUGUCGCCGCCAACGGAAACGCCCACGCGGACGACUGCGUCGGCCAGCGUACGCUAUGGCGCCAAUACUCUAGCAGCGCGCGGCGGCGACAAGCAAUGUCUGCAAGAAUUUCUGCAGCAUGCAUGCAGCGCGCUAACCGAGCGCCUUGGCUGUCUGCGUGAGAAUUUGGGGUUUUACGCGACAAACGACGAGUUGGACGGACGCGCCGCGGUAGGGAGAAAAUCGCUAGGCGCCGGUAUGUGUACGCCAACGGCGCGGCAGGCAUGCCGCAAGCAGUGUAACCAAGCACAGAAGCCGUGCAAGCUUUUACAGAGUAAGUGUCAACCACUGCAGAUGGCUUAUAAGCGCGGACGAAAUGAGUCACAACUUGUAGAACAACAACAACAAAAAACAAAGCAACGAACUGUUGAGCGACAGCAAGCGAAGCAGCAGCCACAGCAACAGCCGCAGCGGCCAGAACUGAAAGCCCCCUUAGCAGCGCAGCGGAAUGCGCUGACAUACUGCCACCACCAAAAACAAAAACAACAGCUGCAGCAACACGAUCACAAACAGCAGCAAGCGCAGUUGCAGCAACAACGCGCGGCCAAUAGUAAAAACCAAAAUAAUCAACCACAACAACAACAACAACAACACCAUUCCCCACAACAAAGACAGCAACAAUCGGAAUUGUUGCCGGCACAAAAGCAGACACAACCGCCACAGCAACAGCAACAGCAGCAACAACAGAAGCAGCGGCAUCGCUUGCGUCGCGGCAUACAGACGGUGGCCGCUGCCGCUUACGGCGCCUUCAGCUACAUCGGUCACAACUACUAUCAUCUGCUGGGCAAUUCGAUUAGUUUCUAUGCCGCCUCCAGCGUUAUACUGGUGCUCUGCUAUUUGACUACAACAACAGCGGCGGCGCACUCGCCCGACAAGGCGCCAUUCGAUAAGCAUCCCAUUCAAAGCAUCGAUUGGUCAAAAUUCGACGAGUCCAGCUCGGAUAAGGAAAUUUUGGACUUGUUGCUGGAGAAGAAACGUUACGAUAAACGUCUACUGCCGCCAGUUAACGAUGAGGAUUUUUGCUGUGGUUUGUCUUCACCGGAUAUGGCCAAAGUUAGCAACUCGAGGAGGCCACACAAUCGCGGUACUUUGACGGUGAAUGUGAAUGUGUUGCUGCUCAGCUUGGCCUCGCCCGAUGAGAGUAGUUUGAAAUACGAAGUCGAGUUUCUGCUGAAUCAACAGUGGAACGAUCCGCGUCUACAAUAUGGCAACAAAUCGCAUUAUGACUUUUUGAAUGCAUUGCAUCAUCACGACAGCAUCUGGACACCGGACACCUACUUCAUUAUGCACGGCGACUUUAAGGACCCCAUUAUACCAAUGCAUUUCGCUUUAAGAAUCUACCGUAACGGGACCAUUACGUACGCAAUGAGACGCCACUUAAUAUUAUCCUGCCAAGGUAGCCUACACAUAUUCCCGUUCGAUGAUCCGAAGUGCUCCUUCUCCAUGGAAAGCAUUUCCUAUGAGGAGGCGCAAAUCAAGUAUGUUUGGAAAAAUGACGAGGACACACUGCGUAAGAGUCCCUCACUAACCACAUUAAAUGCGUAUUUAAUAAAAAAUCAAACAACACCCUGCGACCAAAAUAGUUGGCGAGGGAACUACAGCUGUCUUAGGGUCGAUUUAAUAUUUACCAGAGAUCGUGCAUUCUAUUUCACCACCGUUUUUAUACCCGGCAUUAUACUGGUGACGUCAUCAUUUAUAACAUUCUGGCUAGAAUGGAAUGCAGUUCCGGCUAGAUCGAUGAUAGGUGUAACAACAAUGUUGAAUUUCUUUACAACAUCCAACGGUUUCCGCAGCACACUGCCCGUCGUCUCCAAUCUCACCGCUAUGAAUGUUUGGGAUGGCGUUUGCAUGUGCUUCAUCUACGCCUCGCUACUGGAGUUUGUAUGCGUGAAUUAUAUGGGUCGCAAGCGGCCACAACAUAAUGCUGUCUAUAGACCUGGCGAGAAUCCUGUCACACAGCGUCUUCCAGCGGUUCUAAGCAGGAUUGGAGUAAUUCUUGCAAGUCCUUUGGGUAUAAUCGAACGAGAAUUUCAUGCUGCUUUGUCGUCUGAAAAGGCCACUAUGGGUGCGUCCAGCAGCACAACAACCGGCACCAGCAUACCCGUUACGCCCACACCGCUGCAUCCCUACCACACGGACCUAUCUACAGCGACCACACAAACACCGUUACCGCCAUCGCCACCGCCCGUGCCGACACCCUCUUACGGCAUGAGCACGGUUGAUGCGCCGCGCAUACGUUGGGAGGAACAACAUGGCGGCAUAAUCGGUGUAGCAAUGCAAAAUUUACGUGCGCGCUCCAUACGUCGACGUACGCGCUCACCGGGUUCGGUCACAUCGGCGUCCAGCUCGUACGUGGAUACAGAGGCUGGGCGCAUCAAAAUACCCACCACCAUGUCCGCUGUCAUCGAGCCAGUCUACACGGAACCCACGUUUGUGCCCACUGAAGGCGCGCAUUCGCCGCAACUUGAGACUACAGUAACGGUUGAAGUGGAGCCCACACUGCCAGCGCCGGCGUCUACACAGCAGCGUCGUUCCAUUUCUACAAACACACCGCCACUGAUACUCAGCGGCACAGGCAAGCAGUCGGAAGAUGAAAAUGCCGCCAGCGUUACCGAAGCAACGGCGGCGAAUGUGGACGCAGCGUCAUCGGAAAUGCCGGCGGAAGCUGAAAGGUUGUCGGCACAGCUGGAGGCGCAAGGUGUGGCUGAUGCGAGCGGCCACUUGCCGGUGAAGCCACCGCGUCGCAAGCAAUCGCGUUCCAGUUCGCCAGUACCGUUCUACGAGCAGGUGGCGCAGCCGGAACCCGCCAAUGGUCACGGCUUGGGCGCUCUGAAUGCCGAAACUUUUUUCAAAUUUACCGCCAUCUAUCAGGGUGAGAAGCGACGCGAUGUGCGCGCCCCCAACGAGAUCGUCGCCUGUACGACUUGUGGCGGCAGCAGCAGCCCGUGCACGCACUCGGCCAACAAUGGAUGCGCAACAGAGACUUGCUUCGUCCAAGUGCGCAAAAAGGAACCGCCACAUCCUAUACGUAUAGCAAAAACAAUCGAUGUUAUCGCUCGAAUUACAUUUCCAACCGCCUACGCAAUUUUUCUAAUAUUUUUCUUCGUACACUAUAAGGGAUUUUCAUAAAAAUUAGUGCAAUGGAAAUCAUUUAGACAACUUAAAGAUUAACUAAUAGACACACACUUACACACACAUACUCACAUAUACAUACAUAACUGUACACAUUCACCAAAUCACAUAUACACACACAUAAAUUCACAGCGAAUUAGCAAAUUUAAUUAGUAAAAUUAAUUAGCGAAAGCCAGUUCAUAGCAUUAUUGAAAAUACAAAAACAAAAAAGUACACACAUAAAUGAUAUGCUAUUAUAUAAGGCAAGAGGGCAAAGGGAGUUGCGUGAAGCUAUUAAAAAUUUAUGCAAAAAAUUUAUUGAAAUGUAUAAAAUAUAUAACGAAAAAACUAUGAAAAAACGACGCACUGAUAAAGAAUAAUGUUAUAUAAAAUGGAAUAGAGAUAUAAUUUCAUGAAUUAUUUAUAAUAUAUUUAAUUUAUUCAUGACAAAAGUACUCAAGAGAUUAGAGAGAGGGAUGAAUUGAAAUAAGCUAAAGAAGAGGCAUAGAUAUAAAAGACUAAAAGUGUAUAUAAAUAAAGAAAUAUUUCUUAAAUUUAUUUUUAUUAUUUAUUUUACUUAUUUAAUGACUGUUUUUCUAAUAAUUUUCAUUAAUAAGUCUUGAGUAGUUGCCCUGCUGUCUGACAAAAAAAAUAUUUUUCGAGAGACAUCUCAACUAAGAAAAUCAGAAAACUUCGUAGUCUCACCCAGGCAUAGAAAAAACAUCAGAAAGAACGCUCAAGAAUAACAUAUAAUGGCAAAAGGGUGGAUUUUCCAAGAAUUUUCUUAUAAAAUUAAAAGUGAAUAUGUCUAUAAAUCCAAAUGUUAGCAAUAAGUUUACUCAAGAAGUGAGUUAGAAAAACACCCAUUGGAGCGCUACUUAAGUCGAAGCGCAGGCUUAAGCUUUUUUGUUGAAGAAACCGCAAUCCAUAUCGUCGUCCAGGACACUAAGUUUGGUGACGUCUAUAGGAAGGAUAUUUUCUUGUUCUUAUUCCUAUACCGAUACAAUGUAGUCCGAUGUCACAAAGUAGUGUCAAUGUUUAUUUCAAGCAAGUCUUUAUAAUAUUAUACUUCAAUAUCAAGAGAAGUGACUUUCCUCGCUUCCUGUCAUAUUUCAGACAUUUCCGUUUUGUUACCCUUCAGCUAGUUAUUGCGUUCCAUCUGCUCUGAGCUAUUUGUGCUAAAUGCAUAUAAAGCCCUCUUUAGAUCGUUAUCAGCGACCAUUGUAUUUAUUACGCCACGCAUUCGUCUAAAGAGGAUCCGAGCUUUAUUAACUCAUCAGCGUUUUCGUUGUCGAAAAUGUUUUUGGGACCGGGAACCCAAAUUAUGGACGAGUAGAGUUGACCGACCAGUAACCUUAAGUCCUUCAUGCAGUUGUUGACUACAAUAAAAUUAAUCUGUGGUAUAGACAAGGCCCACAAUGCCGCCUGGCUAUCCAUGUAUAUGGUUGCUUUCUGUAUACUCUCGUAAACCUUCUCUAUACCUAAUACAUCCGCUUGGAAGAUGCUGGCUGAUUUUGGUAGACGGUUAGAAAGAGGGCUGUCAAGAUCAUCGGCGUGCACGUCCGCCUGUACUUCGCACUUCAUUUUGGACGCGUCAGACCGCGUUAGUAUCCUCCUCCCCUACUAGACAGCUUCUUCAUUCACGUCAAAAAGGUAUCGCCAGCCGAAAUUGACUAUUAAAAUCCUAUUCAAAUCUAACCUUGGCAGUAUGUCUGACUUACUUGUAUUUAGCUGAUUUUGGAUGGCGCUAUAUCCAUAAUGUUUCUAGUUCCAACCUUCUAACUCAUUUAUGCUGAAAGCAGAGGUUGCUGCUACUUUUCGAGCAGACACGAUUAUGUGCAGUUAAUGGUCCGCUUACAACGAGUUAAAAACUUCUUAUUUCGACACUAUUUGUCGGAACAAGUACAAAUUUUUGGCGUUUAUUCUCAACUUUUUGUAUUUAAAAAUGAAAAAAUCAAGAUCUUGAAAUUCACAAGUGGUUCUAACAACUUAAGUAUGCCGCAAUAAGUUUUCGAUAAUAAAAUUUUCCUUAAAAGUUGAGGUAGUCACUUUUUUAUUUAAUAACUAAAAUUUAUUUAUAUUUUUCAAUUUUACUUAUAUUUAACAAGUUCAGAAAAGUAGUCGAAAGCAUUUCAAUACUUAAAAGCAAGCAUUGAAAGCAAAUCGAACAAUUAAAGAAAGUGAUAUAAGUGAACGCAGGAAGACAAAAAAACUUAUUUCAACUCAAAUAAAAAAAAAGAAAACAAAAAACGAAAGAACGCUAAGCAAACUGCAAACAAACGAACAGUUAUUUAUGUAAAUUUAAGUGAACAUAAUAAUUAAUAAUAAUUACUCAAAGCCGCAUUAAAAAUUUCGUCUGACCACAAAACAGAAAGAAAACAAGACAGAAGUUCAGUUCACAUUCUAAAUUAAGCUAAAAACCAAACCUCUAAGUAAACUGUAGUUAAAACCCCGUUAUAUUAAAAUUUAAGUACAUUGUGUAAUUAAAAAAAAAAAACAAAAAACAAUACAACAAAAGUAAAACUAAAGUUUUGACUGCCUUUUUUAAAUUAAAAACCAAUAUAUAUACUAUAUAUAAAUACAAAUACAAAUACAAAAAAAUAAUAUAUAAAAUUAUUUUAUUUUAUUAAUAUAAAAACCAUUGCUAAUAAAAAGAGCAAACGAUUUUGUUAAGUAGUAGAUUAAAACAAAAACACUAGAAACUAAACUUAAGCAAAACAAAAAGAGAAAUGAAAAUAUUUACUUCAGAUGCAUACGAGUAAUUUGUGCCGCAAAACACAAAGCGUUAGAAACAAAAACAAAAGCAAAAACACAAACUUAGUUAUGUAUAAUGAAUAAGUAAAUAUAUAGCUAGCUAUAUAUUUAUUUACAGCUUUACUGCUUCAAAACAAUAAAUAAAUAAACUUAGCACGGAGCAAAACAGCUCUGUGCGGUGCAAACGAUGAACGACGCAAUUGAGCGCGAAAACUCAAUGAAAUGAGAAAAUAUAAAUAUUAUAUAUAUAAUGAGAAAAUGUGUGCUUGACUGUUGAGUUACUUUUUUCAUUAAUGGAUUAAUUUGCGUUUAUUUUUUGUAAUUUUCUAAUAUAGCAAAAUAUUUAUUUCUUAUGCAAAGGGUACUAAAUGUAGCAGAUCAAUUGAAAGGUCCUCGACCUAACAUAGUAAAACACAUUUUUGCAAAAUUCGUUAGUUUUUUUUAUUCAACAAAGUUUAUUUCAAAGAGGAUACACUGAUUACAGCGAACCUCCAACCUUUCGAUGCCAUCUUUGUAGUACGAUGUGUCCUUUGCUUCAAAAUAGGCCAACAUUUCGGCGACCCACCUUUAUACGACGAAAAUUUCGUUCCAUCGCGCAUUCUUUUGAGAUCUGAGAACAGGAAAUAGUAGUUUCAAAGCCCAAUUUAUGGAGUUUUGUCAACGUUUUCCCCGACUUGUGACACGGUACAUUAUAUUGGUGGAACAACACUUUCUAAUUCUUCAAACGCUACUGUUUUUCGGCGAAAUAACGCUCUAAUAAUCGCAAUUUUUGAUCCUUCUCUUUUUUUAUUAAAUCCAUGCGCCAUGUUUCACCCAUUGUCAUAUAUCGACGCAAAAGCUCGAACGGAGGGCUUUAAAUCAAUCUGUUAUGUAUCAAAGAAUAUAUUACUCACAUAAUAGAAGCUUAAAGUAUUUUUGCGAAUUUUUAUAUUAUGUUUGCAACUAAGAUCACGUUUCAUAAUCUUACAAAUGAAAAACGUCACCUUUUUUCAAAACUAAAGAGGAGAGCGAGCAGUAGUCCUACUGUUCUACUCUAAGUUUAGAUUGUUUCCAGCAAGGUUCUUUAACAAGACUAAUGAACUUUUUUGGGAACAGGGAAUGAUAACUCGGCCGUUAAUGAAUUUAUAGCACCACAAGUCGUCAAGUUGUGGAAACGAGGAAAGCAGACAAAAGAAGUGUAAACCAUAUGUUUAAUUAUUUUUGUUUUUUUUUUGUUCUAUUUUGUUUCGUGAUUUUUUUUCGAAAGCACACAUUUUCCGAAUUCUAUAAGAAAACUAAACGCUGUUAAUGCCGAAUAAUUAACAAAACCAAAUACAAUACAAACUCAAAGGAAGAGAAUAGAAACAAAAAAUGCAAAUACAUAUCAAAGCCUCAUAAUUUUAUAAAAUUUACUUUUGAAAUAUGUGCGUACUUCACAGAGGAGCCACUUGCUGAAGUCAUACAAUGCGUUGAAUAACGGCAAAAUGUAACUUGCAAACAGUAUUCUAAAAAAUUGUAGAAAAAAAAAACACAAAAAUUAAAUGAAUAAAAGCACGCUAUAAUGUUUAGAAAAGCUUUCUCACGAACUCACCACAUUUGAGGAAGUCUGUCAUUAUGAACCUGGAAAUUUUAUUUUUUAUUUAUUUGUUUUAGUUUUUCAGUUUGUUGUUAAGUUACGGAUCAUUGGUACACCAAAGUUCGGCCACCCGAUCUUAAUCCCUAAAUGCAGACCAUAGAUUACCUGAUUAUAGAUGAUCGGUUAAAUAAGCAAUAUUUUAAAUAUUUUCAAAAGUGCUCAAGUACUCAUUUUCCGAAUUGUCAGUAUACUAGAAAAUGUUCUAAAAUAAUCGUAGAGUGCCCUUUAUCUACGACAAAAUCGUUACGGUAUCAGAAUUGUAUUUUUUAUUAAUAUUGCUUCGAAAAUAAAUGGUUAAGAAUUUAGUAAAAGUGACAAGCCAGCUUGAUAUAGUUAGUUGGUUACUUGAAUGUAAGCGAAUGGAAAAAUGUCUGAGACUAUCCAAAAUAGAAGAAGUAUCAGUCUGGAAGUAGUUUUUACGAUGAAAAUUCUUCCGAGAAAAAACAAGGAACCUCUGGAAUAUACCACACUUGUUUCUGAGACCAUUCAAAAUAGAUGAAGCAUUGGUCUUGGGAGUACUUUGUACCCCGAAUAUCUCAGAUAGUUUUUGCGUUAUAGCCUUCUAAAAUCUAACCACUCGGAUCAAGCAACUUAACCAGUUAAUUUUAAAAAGCGUUUUUCUGGAAGCAAUAUUUUUCGAAUUUUCGAAUCGGACAAAAAUUACCAAGAUGUUGGGUAAAAUUCAAAUUUGAAUUUUUUUUCAACCGUAGGUCAUUGUACGGACAAUAUCUUCUGAAGCGAUUUUUUUAGAUUUAGGUUGGUUGAAAUAAUUGAUACAGGUGAUUUUUUCUUCCUUUUAUUCCCAAAAACCAUAUUUUUUAGUACUAAUGGCUUCUUAUUAGAAUAUUGUAUAGAUUCACAGUGAAAUAAGAGUCAGCUUAGCUCAGUUUAGAUCCUAAAUGUACUUGCAUUGGUAUAGCUCAUGGAGUUUCAUGAAGAAUUUUAAUAAUUUUAUUGUGAUCGGAGGGCUUCGAAUAUAAUUUUCGAUUUCUUUUACCAUUAUAGAUUUUGUCAUGCCUGAGUUUACAUACAUAAUCCUGCAAAACCGUGCCCAUAAGUUAAAAAACCGAUACUGUAAGGCAUUAUCGAACCGUAAUUUUAAGCUGGUGAUAAAUAUUGACGAAUGUUUCAAAUAUAAAUGUACGUAUGAGAUUCUCAAAGAAAUAUGGCAAAACAAAAAUAUUAAAAAUAAAUUUAAAAAACAAAUUCGAUCUACUACGAUAUGGAUAAGUCAGAGCAGAUGAUAUACAACUGAACACCAAUAUAAUUUAACCAUUUCGAAGUGUGUGCAUAUGUACAUAUAUUUACAUUUAUGUACAAAAGUAAGUGUAUGUACAUAUACAUGAUUAUAUGUAUGUGUAUGCAUAUACAGCAACCUUUGGCCACCGUACAAUACAAACAAAUUUAUGCAUAUUUUGCUUUUGAUCAUAUUUUUUCGAAUGAACUUACGCCUAUAAAAACUAUUUACUUAGCUACUCACGUGGCACUUAUAUAUUAUAUGCAAAUAUUAGCUAUACACUAUACAUAUAUAUAUUUCUGUAUGCAACUUUAACGCUACUCUACUUGUUAUAUAAGCGUUUGCAAUUUUUUCUUUAAUAAUUAAUUUUACAAAAUAUAAAUCUCUUACAUGUAUUUAUGUAUAACCGUAUUUAUAAAAGCGAUUUACUUUAAUACCAAAACUUUGCUGAAAAGACAAUCUAUAAUAAUAUAUAUAUAAAUAUAUAAUGCAAAUUAUUCAGCCAACCAAAACUUGUAAAAAUAUUAUUUUUAAUUUCGAAUUUCAUUUACACAUUUGGGCCCGUCCAAAAAUAGAUAAUAAACAAUAAAAAAUUAUAAAAAAUAAUUAUUUAAAAACUCACCUACACAAACAAACACGUCGUACAGCCUGAUAUAUGUAUAACGCUCCACCUGUAUCAAAAAUUAAGCACAUAAAUGUACAAACAUAUAUAAAACAUAUUCACUAAUCACACACACUUUCUUUGUAAACACUUCACCCUACAACCACAUCCACAAGUUGCCAACCCGUAGUAUUAAAAGCUUUAAGGAUUAUUUAGUUUUAGUACGAAAAGUGAAGCCUUGUUAAUGGAUUUGAAAAUAUUUAAUAUAAAGACAUAUACAAAUAUAUGAGUGUUAUGCAUAAUUUUAGUGAAUUAGGCAGCACAAAUAAUAAUAAAAGACGAUUGAAUUUAAUGCAAAGCGGUGCAAUUUUAACAAAAUAAAUUAUAGUAAUAAUUGCCUACAACAUAUUAUUUAAAAAUCGAUUAGCAUUCGUUAAUUCACACCCGAAAUUACACUCUAUUACUCAGAAGUUAACCCGCAAGGUUCCGACAAUAGUUAGCAACAACAAACCUGGCAUAAAAUAAUUUAAUAAUUUUAAUUUAAAUAAACUGCAGUGAAACCACUUGCUCAUGCCCGUUUUAAAUUGUAUUCUAUUGACAAGUGCAUACGAAUAUAUUACAAAGCAUCACUGUAAACAUAUGUGUGUAUGUUUUAGCACGCACCUUUCUCAUUAAAAGUUAUAAAAAUAUUUUUAUUUUGUAUUUUGUUAUUAACAAAAUUGCUCCACUUUCAACUAAACGCAUAAAUUUCAAAGGAAACCUACAUUAAAACACGAAAAAUUCUUUAACAGCAACAAAUCAUCUCGCAAAUUUUGUCCUAAGCGACACCUUGAUGGAUGUGGCAGAAUUAGCUAAUUAAUAAAUAAUGAUUUUAUAUAAGUUACUAUGAUCAGUAACACAGUUGUGUUAUAGCAUAUGCUAACUGAUAGUUGCUAAUUUUCAUCUUAUUUAGCAGACUUGCGCAUAUUAUUCACUAACCUCAAAUUGUCGGCCGGCCGGCACCAGCCGUCUUGCAGCACAAACACAUUUAUUUCAAUAAUUUACUGCUUAUAUUAUAAAAAUGAACCACUACAUUAUUAUUAAACUGAUUUUCACUAAUUUGCAAAGGAUUGUUCCAAUUUACGCGUAUUAUUCACCAUUUCCAAGUGCCGGCCGGCCACAAGUGGCCCCGUCCUAUACAAGCAACACAAACACACAUUUCACAACAUUUCACUGCACAUAUCGUAGAAAACCAUUUGCACACAUUCACUACUUUAUUAUUUAACCGAUUUUUGUUGAUUUUAUCAGUUUAUAUUUGUUUAUAAACGAAAUUGCGCCACUUCCGAACUUUUUCAACCGACCCGCUUAAAUAUGAAAACGUAAUGUCAACAAUCCAUUGAUUGUAAAACUGAUGCCAUUGCAGCUGUUUGUGUUUACACUAGCGUUAAAACUGUAUUUGCGUUCUUUCAAACUUUUGCUUUCAAAUGAUUUCAAACUCAACAGAAAAAAUCAUCACAGGAAACAAUUGUUAACCAAACUUUUUAUGGUGAUUGUAAAACCAAUGAUAUUCAAACUGUUUAUUCUUACAAUAGCGUUGCAACAGCAAAUGCGUGCUUUCAAACUGUUGCAUUUAAAUGCACGAGAAAAUCAGCACAGGAAACAAUUAUUUAUCAAACUUCUUAUAGUUUUGAAAUAAAUCUCGCUUUUUCAUUUAAUUUAACACACAAGACAUUAAAACACUAAUGCAAAAACACAUUAGUAGGCGUGGAGGAAGAGAAGAAAAUAUGUAAAAGAGUGCUUCAGACAAUUUCAAUUUACAUAAAAUAUAAAAAGGCAUAAGUUUAAAUAGGACUAAGUGCAUAAGAAAUUACAAGAAGAAAAUUAAAUAAUUUAUAAAAUAAAAAAUGCGCGCUAACACAAAACUAAAUAUGAAAACUUUUAUGUGUUUUCAAUUACAAAAGGCUUUAAAAUUUAGUAAAAUCGUUGUAUAUAUAAAUCAUAUUCAGUGAAACAUCAAUAAAAAAAACAUUAUUAAGGUACUACAUACCUACGAAAACGCUAAGAACAAAAUACAGUAGCGGCAAAAAUUCAACAAAAUUUUUUAAAAAUAUUAUUAAACUUAAAUUAAUUAUUUAUUAACGAAAUCGUGCAUAUUUCAACGUCAUUUUACAUGCACAAUUAUAAAAUAGAACAAUUUAAUUAAAUAAUACAUUAUCUAAUAAUAGAAUAUAAUUAAAUUAUAAUAUUUUUUGCGAAUAUCGAAAUUUUUUAACCCAUACUUAUAAAAAAUAUAUUUAUUUUUUGCAUAAAAAAAUAUAUGAUAAAUUACAUUUUUAUUAUCAAUGCAUUUUUUUAUUUGCUAUUUCGCAUAGUUAAUAUUCUAAAGUAGUUAUUUAAGCAAGCAUAAAUAAAUUUAAAAUUAAAGAAACUAUGUUAGUUGUACACUGAAUAAUAUUAAGUUUUACCCAAAGGCAACAGUAAGUUAUUGUGUACACAAAGUCACAAAAACAACACACACACUGUUAGAGUCGCCUCAAAAGUAUGCAUAAAUUUUUUACCAAGCCGUCGUUGCCAUUUGUUAAAUACAUUUAGUUAAUUUAAUAUUUUAUAAACACAAAUAUUUACUGUGACGUUAUUUAUAAAAUUAUUUUUAAGUCCAGUAACAAAAAUAUUAGCGCAGCAAACGAAAAGUUUGCAAACAAUUUAAUAAAAAUUACUUAAUGAUAUUAAAUUAAUUAGGGCAAAUUGCGAGUAUAUAGGCAAUGCUAAAAACAAUUUCAAUUUCAAAUAAAAUUCGCAUCGAUUCAAUAGUUUGUAUGUAUGUCAUGCAUAUAUUAAAAAUAAAUAUAAUAAAACGGCAACAAAAAUUUAUAAAACUUGUAAAUAAAGAACCGAAAAGAAGCUUGGCAUAAUUACAAAAGAAUACAUAUUAAUAAAAAAUAAAACUGAAAAAUAUUAAUGAUUAAUUAAAAUGAGGAAAAUAAAAUCGUCUCAAUAAAAAUAAAA